UGAUCAGAAAGAAGCUUCGCUGUUAAUAAGCCUCCAGCGUUUGACUUUCAUUCAUGUGCAUGUGUUUACUUGAAGUCUGAACCUCCAGAAACUUCAUUCAUGCUGUUGGUGUUAAAGACACAUAAUACAUUCAUAAGGAACGGUUUGGUGGCCUUGUCCUCAUUUGGACAGAUAAAUGCGUGUCUUUGCUGUCAAAGGGCUCUCUAUCCGGCUCCUGAACCAUGUGAAGACCCUCAGGAUUUAUGAACCCGUUCUGCUCCGCGUCUCCUGCAGCGCCUGCAGCCUGAAGAUCAUCAGAGCGUUUGGGUUCCCUCCGCGGACGCUUUGGGUCGGUGUGACCUUGAUGACUUUGAGCUGGACAUCCAGCAAGGAAGUGGUUGUCUCUCACACAUUCAGCAGUUCGUGUUAAACAUGUAACCAGGAAAGAAGCACUAAAACUCAUCUGAACACACAUCGAGAGCUUCAGAAGAACUGAAUCUACUAACAACAGAGAAUCAUUGAAUAAGAGAGAAGAAUGAAGAUCAUCUGGACUUUCACUCUGCUGAUGAUUCCUGGUGUGUUGAGCUCCAUCAGUGUGACGGGAUAUUCAGGAGGAGGAGUCAGGAUCAGGUGCAGAUAUGAUAGAAAAUAUACAGAAAAUGCAAAGUAUUUUUGUAGAGGACAGCAGUGCACAGAGCUAAUCAGGACUAAUACUAAAAACGAAUGGGUUGACUCUGGAAGAUUCUCUCUGUAUGACAACACAACAGCAGCAGUUUUCACUGUGACCAUCAGAGAUCUGAGUGAAGGGGAUUCUGGGACGUACUACUGUGGAACUGAUGUCUCUUGGGAUAUAGAUUCAUACACUGAAGUGAAUCUGAAGGUUAUAACAGCUGAUUGUUGUGAGAAGAGCAUCAGUCUCUCAGCUGCUGCAGGAGGAUCUGUGAACAUCAGCUGCAAAUACCCACAAUCCCACAGGACUGAUGUGAAGUUUGUCUGCAGGAGAUCUGGAUCUGAUCUCUGUGCUGAAGAGACGUCUGUGAAGGAGAGCAGAACAUGGACCGCUGCGGGACAGAUCCAGCUGUAUGAUGACAGAGAGCAGCAGCUCCUGACGGGAUCCAUCAGUCAUGUGACUCGACAACAUUCAGCUGAAUACUGGUGUGGAGUUCAGUCUGAUGAAGGACACAAGAGCUUCAUCACACGAGUCCUCAUCAGCGUUACAGAAACAACUGUAGCACCACCAUCAUCAUCAUCAUCAACAACAUCAACACCACCAUCAUCAUCAUCAUCAUCAUCUUCAUCAUCUGCUUCUUCUGUCUCAUCAGUCACAUCUCCUCUGAUCACAACAGUUUCCAAAGAAUCUUCAUCAGCAGGUUUAUCUCUGAUCAUUUCUCUGGUUCUGGUUCUUCUGCUUCUGAUCAUCGUUUGUCUCUUAGUACUGUUUUUUUCCUGUAAGAAGCAUCAGUCUCAAGGCGGUAAAUCGUCAUCUCAGGCUGGAGCAGCAAAACAUGGAGUGGUUUCUAACACUGGUUGUGAUUAUGAGGAGAUUACCCACAAACAAUUACCCACAAACCCCUCUGAUUCUUCUAACACCGUUUAUGCAACUGCUCAAUUACCCACAAACCCCUCUGAUUCUUCUAACACCGUUUAUGCCACUGCUCAAUUACCCACAAACCCCUCUGAUUCUUCUAACACCGUUUAUGCCACUGCUCAAUUACCCACAAACCCCUCUGAUUCUUCUAACACCGUUUAUGCCACUGCUCAAUUACCCACAAACCCCUCUGAUUCUUCUAACACUGUUUACACUACAGCUCAGAAAGCCACUGGUGACUCUCAGAUCUUGAUCACAUCUGCUGAGGAUCUGAAUUACAGCGUGGUGAAUUUCCACAAGAAAGCAGACUGUCCUGACAGUGUCAGAUUGAGGAAUAAUUAGGAUUACAGUGAAUACGCGGCUGUCAAUCAUCUCACUGCCUGACGAGCCACAGCAGAGGAUGUCAAUGAACUAAAAGAUUUUUGCAUUUUUGUUAUUUUUGUGGUUUACCCUUGAGUUUUUGGUCAGUGUUUGAUGUAAAUAAGUACUGAAUAUUAAAGCAGAAUAUGCAGCUGUGAUCAGUUAGUUUGGUUAACGUUAAACUACACGCCUGGUCACCAGCGGUUCUUAUGAAACUUUUAUUAAGUCUCAGUGUAUAAAAGCUCACAAACUUUUACACAUGCAGCAAUUACUGCUUUUUUCUCAGUGCUCAUUUUAAAAGCUUGAUAACUUAGAAAAGAAAUGUUAAUAUGUAAUAUUUAACAUACAAAUAUGAUAUGAAUGGACUAUGGAAAGCUAAAGUGAUCAAAAAGCAGAACUUCUGUCCUCUGACUGACGUGAAGUGUGAGAGGGAGAAGUUAUUUUGGUUAAAGAUUACCAGAGUACAUGAAUUUAUAAAUAAUGAUGUUCACAGAGAAAUCGUUUAUAAAAAAUACUGCAAUGUUCCAAAAAAAAAAAAAAAGAACAGAGAAGUUUUAUAUCACAGCUAUUGUAAUCAAUCAGGAAUGUGCUUAUUUGAUCACCACGGUAACCGCUGCUGUUUACAGUCACUGUCAAUUUACAGUCUUUAAGAUUCUAGUCUGAAUAACAAUUCUAGAUCUAUAUUUUUGUAUAAAUCUCUCAAGUAAUGCUUUGAAAACAAAGUUUAACUUUCACAUGUUCAUGAGUCUUGCAUGUUUAUGUGAACGUAUUAUCAUCACUUCUCUUUUAUUAUUAUCUCUCUCUCUCUCAGAGGAAGUGGGUGUCUCUCUCUCACAUUUAGCAGUUCAUGUUAAACAUGUAAUCAGGAAAGAAGCACUAAAACUCAUCUGACCCGGAUGACGCGCUCUGUGCGUUCUAUGGCGCCAGUCUAAACAUUGCGUGCAGAGCGCCGUCGCCCGAAGCUGGUCCUCGAGCGGAUUUCGCCGCCUUUGUGGAGUGGACACUGGCGAGUGCCAAUCCGGACCCAGUGCCCAGCCCACCAUCUCCCUGCUGUGCGGAGAUAAAGCCCAAGCCCACCGAUGAUGGAGAGCCCAUUACCACCGCGAUCAAUGAGCCAGCGCAAUGCCGAGUGACUGAGUAAAGGAUCGCCCCGGAAGCAGAGCCCAACCUAUCAGACCAGGUGCGUAAGCCGGCUACAACGCCCAUCGCGAGGGAGAAAGAGUGGUGGUGAGCUGAGUAUGGCGCGGCCACUGUGCCACACCGAAGAUGAGAGGGCUCCCGUUCCAGAGCUAACCCCAAAAAAGGCUCCCGUUCCUGAGUUCAGGCCUGAGAGCCCGGAGGCUCACAAAUGGCCGUCCUCCCACCUGCGCCUGCCUCCUCUUCCGCUGUCGUCUGUAAGCCCCUUUGCUUGCCCUCAGCCCACCAUCUGUAUGGUGCGAGCUCCGCGGGUCUGCCAUCCUCCAUCGUCGCCGUGGCUAGAGAAUCCCUCACCUCCGCCUCCAGCCUCCUCGGCCCGGACUCUGCCUCAGCCUGUUGACCCAGUGGCUCCCUCGUCCCUCCGGCUCCGGCUCCGGCUCCGGCUCCAGCUCCGGCUCCGCCUUGAUGAGGUGUCGACCCGCCAUUGCCUCGGGACUCCGCUCCUAUGGUUUCACCUUGUCGCUCUGUCCCACCGGCUCCGUUGUGUUCCUUCCUCCUGCCAGCUCCACCAUGGUCCUCAUUAGGGUUGGGAAUCGAAAAUCGGCUACUUGUUGUCAAAUUAAAAUUUCGAGAUUCCUAUGCACUUUUUUUCUUUAUCUGUGAGGACCCGACCUAGCGAUCUGCCAGGAUUUUGCUCGCUAAUCUAAGCGUGCCAAAAUUUGGCUACAUUUGCGAUCAGAAGCCAAAAAAGCUAAGUAUAAUAUCUGUGAUAGCUAAACAUGUUGCAAGAGAGGUGUCACCACCAACAUGACAAAGCACUUUAAUAUAAUAGAUCAUUAAACAUUGCGAACACGAUUCAAACACCAGCUUGAUUCUUUUCCUAAAUUACAAUGAUUCAUCUGUAUCAUUCCUCAAUCUUUGUCGUGUGCGAUCAAUGUGAUCACUUGGUUCGUCUGUGCAGCGUACGAUCACACCAGUGUGAUUUGAACAUUUAAAUCUGCGUUCUGCGUUUCUGUGUUACAAACAUUCAAAUCACAGAAGUACUGGGAUAAAAGUACUUAUAAACAGUGUUGGGCAGUAACUAGUUACUGGUAACUUAGUUACUGUAAUAAUAUUACUUUUUACAGUAACUAGUAGCGUAACUAAUUACUAAUAUGAUUUCAGUAAUAAUAUUACAGUUCCAUAAAACAGCUAAGUUACUUAAUUACUUUUGAUGCCUCAACCCCGCUGAUUUAAAAUCCAACAAUCCAAUAAUUCCUAGAUUUAUUUUCAUAAUUUUCAUGACUCGCACAUGCAUGUGAUGUCCCCAGUGCAGCAGGUAAGCUUGGAAUAUGGAAAAGCUUACAUUCAGCAGAUAGAAAUAUUGCAUUAUAUUGAUUUUGUCAUGAAAAAAGAUGAUCUGGACACUGUUGUGUAAGUUGUGGCUAUUUACUCUGGCAUUACAUCCCACCCACAUCCCUCUGAUCAGCAUCUGGUACAUUAUAUUACUAUAAAUAAAAAUCUUUUUGGAAAAUUAAACAGUUUCUUACAAACUUAUGUGAUUUGAUAAAAUACAUAAUAGGCAGACACACUCUGUCAGUUUAAAUCUAGAUUAAAGACCCAUCUCUUUAGCCUGGCUUACACAUAACACAUUAAUACGCUUCUAUUAUUCAAAUCCGUUAAAGGAUUGUUAGGCUGCAUUAAUUAGAUCAACCGGAACCGGGAACACUCCCCAUAACACACGAUGUACUCGUUACAUCGUAAGUUGAAUGGCAUCUACGCUAAUAUUUGUCUGUUUCUUUCCUAUUCUGUUUCUCAGUCCGUAUCCGAUCAGAUGGUGGAUCAGCACCAAGAGAUGAUGUCUACAGCCCUGAUCGUCAGCGGAGACCAGGACACCCAGAUGACCCCCAGAGAUAUAUCCCCAGAUAUAUCAACCAAAAAUAACAAAAUAACUAAAAUAUAAUAAAAUACCUAACUACAUAAUACUACUAUUGUUAGAAAUUGCAACAAAAUUAAAAUAGAAAUAUCAACUUUUGAACUGCGGGUUUCGUCUGGUCAGAGGAGAUCUGACCCCCGGCUGAGCCUGGUUUCUCCCAAGGGUUUUUUUUCUCCAUUCUGUCUCAGAGGGAGUUUUGGUUCCUUGCCGCUGUCACCUCUGGCUUGCUCAGUUGGGGACACUUAAUUUCUAGCGAUUAUCGCCGAUUUGAUUGCACAGAUACUAUUUAAACUAAACUGAGCUAGACAAUGACAUCUCUGAAUUCAAUAAUGAAAUGCCUUUAACUGAAAAUUGAAAAUUGAGUGUUUAAUCUUAUCAUUAUACAUUACUGACACUCUAUCCUCCAAUUUGAUACUGUUAAGUGCUUUGACACAAUCUGUAUUGUAAAAGCGCUAUAUAAAUAAAGGUGACUUGACUUGACUUGACAUAAUGAAAUAUAAUUGUAUAUCUGUAGCGGAGAUAUUACAAUUAGCUUCAAGCUACACAUGACAAUUAAUGAGGUAAAUACAACACUUUUACUUGAAUGUCACUAUCAGUCACCGCUGAGUGUUUGUAAUAACUUCUGACUGCGAUCCAAUGUUGAUUUUGGUCAAAUGAUGAGGCAGAAAUAUGUUGUUAAUAACAUUCUAGAAGAAUUUUAUGUGGAAGAUACACAGUUACAACUUCUGUGGGGCGUGAAGAAAAAGUAAUGUAACUAGUGUAACUAAUUACUGGUGCCAGAAAGUAAUAAGUAAAGUAACAAUAUUACUUUUGAAAGGACUAACUAGUAAUGAGUAAUAUCUUACAUUCUUUCAGUAACUAGCCCAACACUACUUAUAAACUAUAUAAACUCUGAUAUGUACAGUAGCAAUUAAAAUAGAGUAAAUCACCUUUUGAAAGUAAUUUGACACUUCAAAUGAAGAUUUAUCGAUUACAUUGUUACGCCAGUAGGUGGCAAAAAGGGGCUGUUAAAAUGUAUUUGUCUUUUAAACAUACAAGAGAUUCGUUCAAGAACGCUGAUUCAUCCAGUAAUGGAACAAGUACAUCUUGAGUGAGUCAUUGACUCAUUCAUUCAUGUGAUUUUGUUUAGUUGUCUGUUUUUUCUUCAGAAUCAUGAGAGAACCACAACUUCUGAUGAAAAAAAAACACAAUUUAUCCUGAAUCAUGCAGUACUCUUUUGCACACAAACAGCUCUUAAAGAGUCCAGUUUUUAUGUAGCCUGUUGAUUAUUUUUUCAUGGUAUUCAGCUCCAAUAAAUGGUUUGCAAAAAAGAGACACAGGCGAUGUUUGAUAUCAUUAUUUAAUCACAUUGGAAGCGAAACUGGGAAUCGAAAAGAAUUGGAAUCGAUAAGCAGAAUCAGAAUUGGAAUUGAUCAAAUUCAAACAAUACCCAACCCUAGUCCUCAUUCACUCUGGCUCCGCCGUGGAUUUCUGCCUCGGUCGCCAGAGCCCUCAGCUCCACCCUGACCCCCGGAUCUUCGGCAUCCCCCUGGCUCAUUGGCUCUCCAUCUCCACCUCGGGCUCCUCCCCCUGGAGUUGGUGGCCAUUCUUUCUCCAUGGCUCCUCCCUCCUCCUGCUCCACCGUGGGCUGCGGCCUGGGUCCAGCUGUGCUCCUCCUGCUCCAAACCCCUCAUCUCCUCCAUGGCUCCUCCCUCCUUCGUCACCUCCCUGGUCUCUGUCUGCUGGCCCCCUCUAGGGUGUCCGUCCUCCUCUUGAGCCUCCUCCCAAGUUCCCACCCAUCCCUCCUUUUGUUGUUCCUCGGCGCGAGGACGCGCCUUCUGGGAGGGGGCCAAAUGUCAGGAUUGGACUGCCUUCAUUGUGUUUUGGUCCCUGUGAAUCAGUUUCUCCCUCAUGUGCCCUUAUUUGGUCGUUCCUGUCCUCGUUGUCUCAUUAUUAGUUGAUUCCCCGCCACCUGUCUGUCCCUCGUUAAGUUUAGUAUAUAAUGUGUAGUCUGCCUCAUGUUUCCCUGUCGGGUUUUAAACUUCAUCUCCCAGGGCUACGUGUGUGUU